GCCACGCAACAGCUACUCGCGUCAAACCACGCUGCCGCCCCCAAACCCCACUUCGGCGGCGCAAUGGCGGCGCCGCCGUCGCGGCCGCCCGCUCUUCGCCGUCUCCUCUUCCUCUCGCUUCUCCUCCUCCUCCUCCUUGCAUCCCUUGUGCGGGCAGCCGUGGCGGCAGAGGAGGGCGAGGACGAGGAGGAGGUGUUCACGGAGGAGCUGCUCCUGCGCCCGCUCCCCGACCGCAAGACGCUGGCGCACUUCCACUUCCGCUCCUCCGCACCUCCCUCCGCCGCCGCGGGCCGCCACCACCACGUCUUCCCCAAGGCCAUCGCGCAGCUGGUCCAACAAUUCCAUAUUAGUGAAUUGGAGCUAUCUUUCACACAAGGUCGAUGGAACUAUGAGCGGUGGGGUGGAUAUGAUCCAAUGUCAACCAAUUAUGCAAAGCCUCCAGGUGUUGAGCUGUGGGCAGCUUUUGACCUUCCUUUAGGUGAAAUUGAUGCCACAUGGAAGAACCUGACACAUACGCUCUCAGGCUUGUUUUGUGCAUCCAUCAAUUUUUUGGAAUCAUCCACUGCAUUUUCUGCUCCUCGUUGGGGUUUUAAAUUGAAUGAAGGGAAUCUAAGAUAUGGUGCAUUGCCUCGUGAAGCUGUGUGCACUGAGAAUCUCACACCUUGGUUGAAACUUCUCCCGUGUCGUGACAAAGCUGGGAUAGCUUCUUUGCUUUACAGACCUUCAAUUUAUAAAGGAUAUUACCAUUCCCAAAAGCUGAAAUUGACAUCAUCUCAAUCGUCUGGUAUUAUUAUCGAUCAGACCCUGACAGUUGUUCUGCAGCCAGAUACUCUUAGGGGUAAACAGCUACAUUCUACUGAUGGACAAGAAGCACAAUUGCAGCCCAGCUGGUCCAUAAAAGAUCUGUUUAACAGGAAAUUAUCUGGAAAGUGCCUCAUUUCUAAAUCCAGCAGAGUAUUUGUAGAGAUUGAGAAAGAUAUAGUUGACAAAAGUGAUAAAUCUGGAGCUGAAGCUUCUUGGACUAAUGAACUCUUUGUGCUGUCAACUGCCCCAAACAGGGUAUUCAAGGAGUUAAAGGACAUGGACACUCAACCUUCUUCACUAUAUGUAUAUGAUGUUAGUAACUACAAUAACGAUAAGCCUUUGGAUGUUGGCAUAACCUGGAAGCUUCCCCUCAUAUGGUAUUGUACCCCUGCACCAUAUCAUGCAAACAGAUUUCUUAUGGGUAGCGGAAAUGAAAGAGGAUCGAUUGCUCUGUCAUUUAGAUCCACCAAUUUGCGUAAGCAGGUAUAUGGAAGCUCAAAUGAUUGCUCAAUAAAAGCUGUAGUUUUCCAAGUUGUUCCAUGGUAUGUUAAAGUCUAUUAUCACAGCCUGCAAAUUUUCAUUGAUGGGAACAGUAAGGCUAUUUCAGAAGUAGUUGACAAGAUUCAUGUCACUCCUUCAGUAGACAAACUAUUGCCUGGUAGUUUAGAGAUGCUACUGAGAUUACCUUGCAGUAUGCAAUCAGCUACCCUAUCAUUGGACUUUGACAAGGGGUUUCUGCACAUCGAUGAAUAUCCUCCCGAUGCUAAUCAAGGAUUUGACAUCCCAUCAGCUUUGGUUACAUUUCCUGAGUUCAAUUCUAGCCGAAGUUAUCCUGAAACUGAUACACUGUUUAUGUCACCUUUGCUACAAACGUUCAAGGAAGAUGGUGUGAUCAAGUCAUAUACAGAAGUAUUGCUUGUUCCCUUGACAACUCCUGAUUUCAGCAUGCCAUACAAUGUUAUCACCUUCACAUGCACCGUCUUAGCACUUUAUUUUGGCUCACUACUUAAUGCUUUGAGACGAAGAAUUGGUGAGGAAGAGAUGGAAUUGAAAAAAGCAGCUGCAAAGCGCGGGCUGAUUCCUCUGUUGAUAGCCAAGCUAAGGGGGAAGAAGCUCGACCCGCCACAACAAGGAUCUUCACCUACAUCUCUGGUGUCAACAAAGCUACUACUCAAGGUUGUAUUUGUGGCGGUGGUAGCUGUUGCAUUUCACUACUUGUCCAACAGUUAAAAAGAGGAUAUGUGCCAUUCUGUACAAUUUUGAGCAAAGUCCAAGACCACGGCUGUAGAUUGUAUCAACCUUCUUCUUCUUCUUUCUUCUUUCUUCUUUCUUUUAGGGUAUGGGUAUAUUGAUCUUGCCUGCUGCGCAAUACCAAUUCUGAGCCAUGUCUAACUGGACUGUUAAAAUCGACAGCAGAUGCCAUCUCGUCGUUGUAUUAUUAGUUGUAUUGUACCCACUAACCCACAUCUUUGCAGCAGGUAGUUAAUUUGUGCAUCUUUGCCAGAGUAUUUUACUGUACUCGGUGAGUAAUUUACGGUGCAGCACGUGACGAUAAGUAAGAUUCGCUCU